AUGUCAGAAGACGGUACGGCUGUUGACCGCACUGCUGCUGACUAUCCACAACAAUUACCCGUUGACACGCAGUCAAGUACGGCUUCUCUUCCCGCGGGGACGGGCUCUAACACAGGGGCUGGUCCACCAACCUCUGAAACAUCUAGUGCCAACUCCGGCUCACUUUCGCCGAGUAGCAUUGAUGUAUUGGGAACGUUACUCAGUGUUGCAGCAGCAGCAACAGCUGCUUCCCUCCUCACAGGCACUUCCGAGCCUAUUUUCUCUUCUGGACUGGCGCCCUUAUCUCAAUCACCAAAUCAGCCCCCUCAAAGUAUGUCCGAUAGACCUCUAUCGCCAACACCCACAGGUGAUGCUGGGCGAAUGCGUCAUGUCUGGAGCAGUUUACGUGAUCGCCUUGGCCUUCGCACACCUGGAAUGGGAACGCCCGGCGCUGAUGAGGGCACAGGUAGACCCAGUCCCCGUGAUGCACGGGAGCUCCUGCUUACGGAGAUGGCUCGGGCUUUCAAUCUGGGCCUUGGUCUAGGAAGACCACCUGUUGUUCCUGGUGUAGCCAACGCCAGCGGGCCCGCAGCGCCCGUAGUUGAAGCAACUUCCGCCAAUGGAGGUGGGACCAGCGACGUUCCCAUUAUGCCACCGCCUGGCAGCUUUGAGCGUUUCCUCAUCGAUCUCCAAUCAGAUCUAAGGGUCGCGCUUGCGCAAGAUAGUGUCCCUAUUGACACUGACGGCGAGGGCAAUGAUGAAGGUGUGGGUGAUGAAAAUGACCAUGAAGGCGAACACCAUGAGACUGAAGACGUGCCGGAUGGCACGAGCGACAACGAGUCUUACGACACCGCCGCAUCCGACAUCGAUGAUAACAUGCCUGAACUUCAAAGCGUUUCUGAUGAGGCGUCUACUAUCUCGGACGCCCACACUGCCCGCGAGAGCCCAGGCACAGCCGAUGACAAUCUAGGACGUAGCGAGCCUGUUCAGACAGACAUGCCAUUUCGCAUACCGCGUAUUUCCCCUGGUUCUACGUCGCGCACUGAGCACACACCUAUCAACUGGUGGCGAUUGUACCGUUUUCCUGCUAUCAGCGCGCCAGCGAGUCGCAGUACACAGGCGCACACGAUUGUACAGCAAGGAUCUGCCCCACAACAACAAUCACACGCAGACGGUGAAGGGGUACAAAAUGCAGGUGCUGCACCAGCGGUUUCGUCUUCUCUUCCUUCUACUCCCUCAGAGAUGUCGGACACUACACACGCAACGCCAGACGCCGACUCGACCGCCGGAGUACCGCCGAGUAACGGAAAUGAACAACGCAAUGUCGUUAUUCCUGUCAUCGUUGUGGGGUUGCAAUCAGUGCACGCGGAACACGAGCGCACCACUGAAGGAGAUAUGAUGGACUUAGACUUUGGCAGUGAAUCUGGGAUGCCUCUACCAACCUCAGCCCCUAUUGCUCCAUCAGAACUCUCGCCCGAGGAUCGACAAUCUCGCGGCCGCUCUUGGCAGUCCCGUGCAGCAGAUGCUAUCAGGAAUUUACGUCCUGGUCGCAGGGCCGCUGUGGCAAGACAGGCAGCGUUAGAGCCCCCUGGCUCUAGAACGUUCCUCAUUUACGUCAUUGGUGGCUAUUAUCCACCCGAUCACCAAAUCAUCACAGGCGGGAACUUGGAUUCGUUCGAAGCAUUGUGGUACCUAGCCGAGUUACUCGGCCAAGUGAAACCACCUACUGUCUCUAAAGAAGAUAUUGACAAGUCCGGGCUUGAAGUCAUUAAGGCAAAUUCACUUGAGGAGUAUGCAAAUGAAGGACGUGUCGCUACCAACUGCGUCGACCGGUGUCUCAUAUGUCUCGAUGACUAUGUGCCAGACGACGACCUACGUAUCUUAAGCUGUAAACAUGCAUUCCACCAAGGUUGUGUAGAUAAGUGGUUGCAGACUGGAAGGAACAACUGCCCUGCCUGUCGUUCAAAGGUACGUUUACUUGGCGGCAAGCGAUCAGUUUUUGACAUCUAUUUCAGGGCGUCGACGAGACUAGCCCCUCCACUGAACCAUCCGCUUCGAGUUCAACCAUAA